AUGACAACCCACCAAGCCGCUAUCAUCCCCUCCAAAGGGCAACCCUUCAUCAUUGAAUCUCGCCCCACCCCUCAACCCGGACCCAACGAGGUCGUCAUCUCCGUUGCCGCCAUCGCCAUGAACCCAGUCGAUUACUUCCAACGCGACAUGGGCUUUUUCAUUGCCAACUACCCGGCCAUAAUUGGGUCUGACGUUGCUGGCACCAUCGAGGCUGUCGGCUCUUCCGUGUCCGCACCGUUCAAGAAGGGCGUCCGCGUCCUCGCCUUCGCAUCUAGCUUCUACCACCAGGGGGAACCGAACGUCAACGACUACGCCGGCUUCCAAGCCAAGGUUCUGGUCCCUGUGGAGUAUGUGGCCGUCAUCCCAGACACCUUGAGCUUCGUCGACGCUGCCACCGUUCCCAUGGCUGUUGGCGUCGCCUGGAAUGGCUGGAUAAUCAUCGGUCUCGGUUUCUCCACGCAUUUCAGCCCCUCGGACAAAAAGGGCGUCGUCGUCUGGGGUGCAGCGUCCAGCAUGGGUGUCUCCGCCGUCCAGACCGCCAAAUCACUCGGCUUCACUGUGUACGUGACGGCCAGCUCCAAGAACUUCGAGUACCUCAAGUCUCUUGGUGCGACAAAGUGUUUUGAUUACAAAGACCCCGAAGUCGUCUCGAAACUGAUCGACGCCGCCAAAGCAGACGGUAUCAGCUUGAACACAAUCUUCCGCGCCGCCGGCGACCGUGGAGGCUCAGAUGUACAGGCUCAGUUGGACAUCGUGAGUGCCUUUGGUGGUGGGUCGAUUGCAUCGGCAGUAGGCCCAUUGACCGCCGACACACCGCAGGCCGAGGGCGUAGAUAUCAAGUUUAUCGUGGCCCCGUCGGAUCCAGAGGACCGGGCCAAGCAGAUGACGCAAAUUUUCCACGAGUGGUUGACACCGAGACUGGCGAGUGGGGAGUUUGUUCCUGGACCAAAGGCUAGGGUUGUUGGCUCGGGAUUGGGAGAUCUUAACAAGGCGCUUGAUAUCCUGAAAGGUGGUGUGAGUGCGGAAAAGCUGGUCGUUGAGCUUUAAACGGAGAUACUUAGGAAUCUUCAGCGU